UAUAAUAAUGGUGGGUUUAAAGAUAUUGGCAGAUCAUGACUCACGUCCCUGCAAUAAAGUUUUGCGGAAUAAUGUCGUUGCUCCUUGACCAGAAAUCAAGAUCAGAUUUCACUUUUCUUUUCUAUAUUGCAACAUUCGCUGGUGUAACUAGGUCGACUUUGACUUUUAUUAUUUAAAUAUUCUAUGGAAAAAAAGAAAACAGUUCGUAAUUCUAUAUAUCCAGUUAUCGUCGCGUAAUAAUCUCUAGAAUUAAACAAUUAUUUAUUACCGCGGAUUAAUUUUAUAAUUUUCUUUUUUGCGAUUAAAGUAAUACAUUUUGUUGCAAAUGAAAACGCUAGAUUUUUACUUUGUAACUAUCUUAAUCUGCUUUCACAAUAUUAUUCUUAUACGAUAAUACUUAAUACCCAUAAGUACUUAUAUAUUUCUGGUUACAAGAUUUAAAAAAAACUGUACAAUUUAUCAGUAAAUUGUAUUUUAUAAUUGUCUCGCAACACAGCAGUUCGAUCAGAUUAAUCAUUUUGCUACAGGAAAUGGACAAGGUUACAAGGAAACGUACACGAUCUAUAGAUAUAGAACAUUUCAAUGAUGCUCGUCAGCAUAACUUCACGUUUUAACAAUUUACAAAAAACUGGCAUACGAUCCAUCGUAUUUAAUGUUAAACUACCUAACAAUAUUAACAUGUACCUUCAAGGCUCCUACUUUUUCAAUCUUCGAAUAUUUUUUCGGAUUUCUUUUUGCGACAAGUACAAAGGGAGAAUCCUUCUCGUUGUAACGACCCCUUAAAAGUUAACGUACAAUGUUCCGUUACCGAAUUAUGGCAAAUUUAUACCAUACCAAACAGCUUGGAAAUCCUAAUACAUUUUCAAUGUUUAUCAACAUUGGAAUACUUUUGCGUGACACUGUACUAACGUACGACGUACAGUAUAUAUAGUCAAUCUUUGUCAGUACUCCCGUCGCGGUCUUAAUCGCAGUGCUUACAUAUCCAUAGGUAGAGAACGAUAAAGUUAACAGUGCGAUUUCGACUACCGAUCGAGGCGAACAUCGUCGGUCCCGCUCGGAAAUCUCGAUCGCGAUAUUUCGAUUUCAAGUAAACUUACGCGCCACGCGAUCCACUCUCUCGUUAUUACUACGCAUUUCCUAAACCAAAAAAAAAGAAAAAAAAAGAAGUUUUGCUGAUAAUAAUGCAUCGUUCAAGGAUACUCUAGCAAUACGCGAAGAGUUUCAACAGCAUGCUUCUCAUGCACGAAACUACUGUCAGUGUCUGAUUUGAAUUUCAUCGGAUCCGUGCCAGGCAAAAAACAAGCACAAUGGCAACGAAAGAUGAAGACACGACAGAGAAACUCAAAUACCCCAAGUCGAUAUUCUUCAUCAUCAGCAAUGAAUUCUGCGAGAGAUUCACCUUCUAUGGAAUGCGAACAAUAACACAUCCACCGCGAUCUAUCAUGUCUUCAUUAUGUUCGCCUACUUUUUCCCCAUCUUCGGGGCGAUAUUGGCUGACACGGUGCUUGGAAAAUUUAGCACCAUCUUCUACUUAAGUAUCAUUUACGCCAUCGGACAAAUUCUCUUAUCCGUAACUGCUGUUCCAACUAUAGGGCUACCGGCAAGGGAAUUUUCGAUGGUUGGUCUACUCCUUAUAACCCUCGGUACAGGCGGUAUAAAGCCUUGCGUGGCAGCGUUCGGCGGUGACCAAUUCAUCUUGCCUCAACAAGAACGAUACUUAUCCACGUUCUUCUCGCUGUUUUACUUUUCCAUUAACUCCGGCUCCCUGAUCUCGAGCUUCUUAACGCCGAUGCUUCGCAGUAGCGUCACGUGUUUCGGCCAAAAUUCCUGCUAUUCCCUAGCAUUUUUCGUGCCGACCGUUCUCAUGACUUUGUCCAUCGUGAUAUUCGUGCUUGGAAAACCUUUGUACAAAAUAGUGAAACCUACAGGCAACGUCGUGUUGGUCGUCUCCAAGUGCAUUUCCCAUGCCAUUUACAAGAAAGCGACAUCGAAACAAGAGAAAAGGGAACACUGGCUUGAUCAUGCGGACGAUGAGUAUGAUAAACCACUGAUAAACGACAUCAAAGCCGCCCUGCAGGUCAUGAAGUUGUUCGUACCGAUACCGAUCUUCUGGGCGUUGUUCGAUCAGCAGGGCUCCCGGUGGACGAUCCAGGCGAACAAAAUGAACGGCGAGAUCGGUAAUUUCAUAUUACAGCCGGAUCAAAUGCAGGUGGUUAAUCCAUUUCUGGUACUCGCCUUUAUCCCGCUGUUCGAGACCUGUAUUUAUCCACUUCUGGCGAAGAUCGGUAUUCGGACUCCGCUGAAAAAGUUGACUAUAGGUGGCUUUCUAGCCGCCUUAUCCUUUGUUGUUUCAGCGCUCGUUGAACUUAAACUCGAGACAACGAAUCCGGUUUUGCCCUCGGAAGGUUUUGCUCAGAUACGAGUGUUCAAUACUUUAAAUUGUACUGUGGACAUGACUAUAGAAAAUGAAAACUUUGAUCUUAAUGGCAUGGGCAUGUGGUCAAACAAAUAUAUUAAAGUAAAGGGCACGAAAGACUUAGAGUACAUGGUAGAAUUUCCAAAGUGCCCUAACUCUAUACCAUCUUAUACAGGAAAGAUCAAUGUGCCUGAAGCCAAAGCAUCUUCUUGGGUUCUCACACCCAAUAAUAUCUCUCGCACGUACAUUGACUCGGUAGAGAAAUCGAAAACGGGUAAUCCCUUAGUACGUGGUCUCUUUUCUAUAGAAAAUUCAAGAGAAAAUCUCACAUUGUCGUUCCAUAAAGAGGACAAAAGUAUUCUCGAUUUAACUAUAAUGCCUGGCACAACCGAAACAACAUUGCAGGAAAUUAAACCUGACAAUUAUGACAUUUAUAUCAACAAUAAAAAAGAGAAAAGCGACGUACGCUUUAAAUUGGGUGGAGUUUAUACGGUGAUUGGCUCUGACUUUUCGAAGCAGAUGAUUUUAGAUGUUGUUACCGUGACAGAGCCAAAUUCAAUGCACAUGUUAUGGUUGGUACCACAAUACAUUCUGAUUACAAUGGGUGAAAUCAUGUUUUCUGUGACCGGUUUAGAAUUUGCAUUCACGCAAGCGCCCACCAGUAUGAAGUCUUUGUUGCAAGCUAGCUGGCUAUUAACAGUGGCCUUUGGUAAUCUCAUAGUGGUCAUAAUCGCGGAAGCAUCAUGGUUUAGCAGACAGGUUUAUGAGUUCUUCCUAUUUGCUGGGCUGAUGUUCAUCGAUAUCAUAAUACUUGCCAUAAUGGCAAGUUUCUAUAAAUAUGUGGAGAGACCGGAGGAAGAUCAAAGUAUGACAGAAGAAAUUCAGAAUGGAGAGGUCAAUAAAUCUUACAGUGACAAUGAGAAGUGAACUAUUAAUUAAUGCUAAUCUAAGACUACUCAAAAAGUUUUGCACUUGUUCCAUAUGACCACAGUGUUUCGAAGCACCUGGAACCUCAAGAAUAUUAUGUGCUCUGAACACUUUUAAGCCUUUAAACGAUCGUUGAUUAAAGUCCAAUCAAGAUAACGUCUAUUUAUACUUAUUAUGAAUAAUUUA